CUGACUCAUCCAUAUAUAGAUCAAACCUAUGAACCCGCCACUUUAAAAGAACACUAUUUCUUUGGCUGCACAACAUUUUGCUGAUGUACAACAGCAAACCGAAAAAUAAAAUGCUGAACAAUCGCGCACCUGCAUUAGUUCCUCCACCUCCACUGAAAUUUACAUUGCAUCAAUGGCAUCUAAAUAAUCACCACAGGUAUCGAUGUUCGGAAGCACAGCAAGAAUUAGCAGAUCGAUUACUUAAUGAAUCCCAACGUGUUUGCGAAUUAAGUUCUGAGACAGUGCGAAAUAAUAAGGAAGAAACAGAUCAUAAAUUAAAAGAAAAAAUUGAAGAUAUUGAAUUUCAUAAGGAGGAACUACUACAUAUAAGAAAAGAUGUUCUUCUUGAAGUUGAUGCUUUAUCGAUGUAUAAGGAGCGUAUUAUGGACGCUCUAUCAUCUGUGAGAAAAAACGCUCUUGUUAUUUGCGAAAAAUGCCUCAUUUUUAGAGAACAUAGAUUAGGAAUUGAUUUAGUUCACGAUGAUAUUGAAAAAGAAUUAUUAAAGGAGUGUGAAGUGAUUAAAAACGUUGAAAAUUUAUUAGUUCGAACCCUAGAACAAACUCAAGAACAAAUACGUCGGUUAAAAGCAACCCUUUACUACAUGGACCACGAACUUGGGGAUAAAGAAAAUAACUUAUGUAUCGACAAGCAUAAUUUAUCUUUGAAAGAAACUAGUUUAAAUUUAAGCAUUUAUCAUGGCACUUCACGACUUGAUCCAUCAACUAUCGAGUUAAACGAAUGGGAAAUACAGACUAAUAAUAAUAUUAUCUCCGCUUCGAAAGAGGUAAAUAGCGCUCGACCACUGCGUUGUUAUAUCGAUACAAUCAUAAAACAAGCGAUCGAUGAUCUAAACGAACAGAAAAAUGCUACUGAUGAUGCUUUUAGAAGUCGCAUUGCAGAAACGAAAGAAGCGAAAAUCAAAUUAGAAUUACAGCACUCUGAGGUAAUGCGGCAAGCAGCAGAAAUGAAACAAAAUAUUACGCGUAUAGAGAAAUCAAUCGUGGAAAAAGAAAGCUUUUUAGCUUUAGCACAUACGAGACUUGGUAAUCGUUGUCAAAGACCAGGAUUAGAACUUACACGAGAUUUGGUCGAAACUAAUCUUGUAAAAGAAGUACAUGAUUUACAUGAUGUCGUGUCAAAAUUACAAGGCACUAUGUUCGAGGCUCAAGCAUCAUUGCGUUAUUUACUGAAAACACAAAUUCAAAUCGAAGAAGAUAUCAAUGUUAAAACAAAUACAUUAAAAAUUGAUGAAGUCGAUUGUAUGACUCUUCGUCAAAGUAUGGAUUAUCACGUAUAUUAA